AAGGUCUUCUACCUCUCCAUUAAAAUAUUUUAUUUUAUUAAUUACAAAAAAAAAACAAAAAAAAAAACGUAUCUAUCCUCACAUUAGUUUGAAGAUGGAAGAUGGUGUACUCCAACAAGGGAGUAUAAUACUUACAAACAGCAUUGUUGAUAGUGAGAUAAUGCAAAGGAGAGGAAAAUUGAUGCCUGGUGGUGGUGGUGGUUCAGAAAAAAUGAUUAAGAAAAAGUCAGAAAAAGUUGGUGCCUGGAGCAAAGAGGAUGAAAUCACAAUCCUAAAGGGACUCAUAAAGUUGAAAACUGAAAAAGGAAAAAUUAGGUUUGAUUAUGUUCAACUUUAUGAUUCCAUUAAACAAUCUCUUGCUCACAAAUCAGCCACACCACUUCAUUUGCAAAAAAAAAUCAAGUGUCUUAGGGAGAAAUACAAGAACAAUUUCAACAAGAGCACCAGGACCUGGAGCAUCCCACACGAGGAAGAGUUGUUCUACUUAAGUGACGAAAUUUGGGGCAAAGACGAUCACCAACAACUUAAAAUUCCUUCUUCCAGUUUGAUGAACCAACAACAACUUACAAUUCCUUCUUCCAGUUUGAUGAACCAACAACAUCUUACACUUCCUUCUUCCAGUUUGAUGAACCAACAACAACUUACACUUCCUUCUUCCAGUUUGAUGAACCAGCAAUUUACAAUUUCUGAUACAACUUUCGUGGGAGACCUAGGGUUAGCGUUAACAACUAUGAGCAGGAAUCAGUCUAAUCAAAUGCAAGUAGCUCUUCAACAAUUCGAGUUAGUUUCUCAAAGUUUGAGUAUUAGGAAGAGUUAUGCCAACCAAAUACUCCACGCGCAUAUAACCUUAAAAGAGGGACUUUCUGAACAAAAGAUAGCAAGGAGCUAUUUCGACACAAAGAUACAACAUGCACAAUUGGUUUCAGAUGCCUAUAAUGCUAGCCAUAGUUUUGGAGGCUCUCUUGUAAAUAUAGUAUCUGAUUGCGUACUCAAGGAAGAUGCAACAAAGGUUAUGAACGAGGGCAACUGUCCACCAGCUACAAUUGGAUGUCGGAAACCAAUCACUGGAAAACCUUCAGGCACAAGUCUCAAAUCAGUAAGAGAAAUGUGUCAUUCUCAGGAGAGAAAGAAAAAAAAGAAAAGGAAGAUCGAAAACCCAGAAAAGCAUCGUGACUCAAGUAUACAAUCUCAGUUGGAGAUGGAAAAUCAGAGUGCAGUUGCCUAUGCUAAAAAUAACAAUGAGAGUGCCAAAUCAUCAGAUAUACAUACGUUAUCGGAUGGACUGACUGUUGAGGUGAUGGUGAAGGGAAAAGCGGAUGGGAAAGUAGCUUCUCUAGGAAAACAGAUCAAAAUUCAUUUCAUCGCCAAAUUAAGAGAUACAGGAUGCAUUGUUGGUUCAACCAUUGGUGCAGCUCCUCAUCAAUUUUGUCUAGGUUACGAGAAAGUGUUAAAGGGAUUGAACAUUGGCAUUGAAGGCAUGCAUGUUGGUGAAAAGAGAAGACUCACCAUUCCACCAUCUUUGGGCCCUGGGAGGAAGGCUAAGCCUCCAAUAAUGCCAGACUCGUGGCUUCUGUAUGAAGUUGAAUUGGUUGAUAUAUGUGAAUGAAGAUAAUAUAUAGUUACUCCAUUCAACAAUGAAAGGCAUUUUGCAACCCCUCGUGAGGGUGAUAGUUGAAGAAUGAUGUUGACCAACUAUAUGUUUUUGCUAUUGAUGUCUGGAAGUUGGUCACCAUCUGCCAUGUUUUUUGGGUUAUCUAGAAAUCGUUGAUUGGUUGUUGACGGCUAGACAUACUAUUGGUAGCUUGAUGUUUUUAAGUUAAGGUUUUAGUUGUUCUUUUUUAUAUAAAGGAAACUGUAUUGGUAGCUUGAUGUUUUUAAGUUAAGGUUUUAGUUGUUCUUUUCUGGAUAAAGGAAACUGUGUAUUCACAAUAGUCUCAUCAUCAAAUAGAUGAUGAGCAUAGGUAAAUUGUAAGCUCAUUAGAGCAUAUGACAAAAUUACCCUACUGGAGAUCAGAAAUUUCCUAUGAAACCAACAAACAAGUUCUAUA